AGCACUCUACAGUACAGUUCCACUUCUUUCAGUACGACAGGAACACAUUUCUUGACGCUGACAUCAGAAAACUUUAUCCUGAUGAAAACAGAAGCAUCGGAGUUUGACAGAUCUUUUGAAUAAAUGAAAUAAAAUCAGGGAAAUAGCUGUUGGAUAAAAGAACAAAAUGUGGAAAAGAGCUGCUGUUCUUUGGCUUUUGCUGUUGGCAGUGAACCCAGAUGUAGUCCACGGACAGAACAGAAUAAAGACGGGUCGGAAACCAUGUAACCUUAUACUAAGAGAUGAAGGAAAGGUGAUGUCCUGUCCUUUAGACAUUGCCUUCAUCAUGGAUAGCUCAGAAAGUGCCAAACAAAUCAUGUUUGAGAGGGAGAAGUCUUUUGUUCAGGAUUUCAGUGAAAGAAUAAUGCAGAUGACGCCACCUUCUGGCAUAGAAUUAAACAUCAAUUUGGCAGCCCUACAGUACAGCAGCACUGUCAAGAAAGAGCACCCCUUCCGAGACUGGCAAAACAUUGAAGUCUUCAAAAGCCGUGUCCGCUCAAUGGCUUAUAUAGGGCAUGGUACAUAUUCGUCCUAUGCAAUCACUAACACCACCCAGCUCUUUGAAGAGGAAACGAAGCCUGACAGUGUCAAAGUGGCAUUACUGAUGACUGAUGGAGUGGACCACCCAAGGAACCCAGACAUCUUGGGGGCAGCAACUACUGCUAAGAACUAUGGCAUCAAGCUCUUUACCAUUGGGUUAUCAGCCCUUGCUAAUGAAAGCACCAGUAUUGUCAAACUGCGCUCCAUAGCUAGUGCCCCAGCCGAACAAUAUGUGCAUAGCCUGACUGAUCCAUACCUUCGAGAGAAACUCCUUAAUGAAUUGAGGAGAAUUGCUGUUGACGGGUGUCAGCUGCCAAAGCCACCGUGUGUUUGUGAAGCAGGAGAGAGGGGCCGUCCAGGAAGUCCGGGAGAAAAGGGUGCAUGUGGGGUCCCUGGAACAAAAGGAGAUAGGGGGCCUGAAGGACCACCUGGACCAAGGGGACCCAGAGGAGAGAAAGGUUUAAUUGGACCAACAGGGGACGAAGGCCCUCAAGGAAACCCUGGACCUAAAGGGGAUUGUGGUCCAACUGGUGCCUCUGGUCCCCCAGGCGAUAAUGGUAUUGGAUUUCCUGGGCCGAAGGGGGACAAAGGUUCACAGGGCAGACCUGGGCCUGCUGGUCCAAUAGGCAUUGGGGAGCCAGGACUACCAGGUCUUCCAGGUCCUUCAGGGAUACAGUGUCACAAAGGACCUCCAGGAGAAGGACUUCCUGGUCCAAAGGGGGACAGAGGGUACGAAGGACCCAGAGGAACGCGUGGUUUACCAGGUUUGGGGAUUAAGGGUGAGAAGGGUGAUAUUGGACCUUCUGGGCUUCCUGGACCAGUUGGCUUUCCAGGAAGUGGGAUUCAGGGACAGAAGGGUGAGCAAGGUCUUGUAGGCCUAAUUGGUCCUAGAGGGCCACCAGGGAUAGGAUUUAGUGGCCCAAAGGGAGACCAGGGUUUUCCUGGAGAAUCUGGGUUGCCAGGUGACAGGGGAGUUGGUGAAACAGGACCUAAAGGGGAUGCAGGGCCACCAGGGCUGCCUGGAAUUCAGGGUAUUUCAGGGGAGGACGGGGCUGUGGGACCAAAGGGUGACUCAGGUUCUCCAGGACUGAGGGGACCUGAGGGGGCUCCUGGAAAAGGAAUAUCUGGAGAAAAGGGAGACAAAGGGGACAGAGGUCCUAGAGGACUACCUGGAUUACAAGGACAAAUUGGAGCAAUGGGGCCUAAGGGUGUGACAGGAAAUACUGGCCAAACUGGGUUGACAGGCCCACCUGGUCGGGGAAUUCAAGGGCCAAAAGGUGACCCAGGUCGGGUAGGACCACCUGGACCAGUCGGGGACCCAGGAAUUGCAAUAACUGGACCAAAGGGUGAAAGAGGAUUGCCUGGACCUUCAGGACCAAUUGGACCAAAAGGGGACGGCUAUCCUGGCCCUCCGGGACCACCUGGAUUACCAGGGCUUCCAGGAGAAGCAGGCCCUGAAGGAAAAGGGUUUUUUGGUUCCAAGGGAGACCGAGGAUUACCAGGAUUACCAGGACCAGCGGGAAUCUGUGCAGUCACCGGACCCAAGGGAUCUGUUGGUCCACCUGGUCCACCAGGUUUACCUGGAGAUGAUAUCCAAGGACCCAAGGGAGAGCCUGGAUUUCAGGGAGUGCCUGGGCCAAGGGGCCCACCAGGGGAAGGCUUCCCUGGAGAGAAGGGUGACCGUGGAUUUUCAGGAGCUCGAGGGAGGCAUGGUGACAAAGGAGAACUUGGAGAGCCUGGGCCAACUGGAACACCAGGGAUGCCUGGACAGAAAGGGGAUAUUGGCCUUACUAGAGAAGAAAUCAUCAAAAUAAUCAGAGAAAUCUGUGGUUGUGGUGUAAAAUGUAGAGAAAGUCCUCUUGAACUGGUGUUUGUGAUUGACAGUUCGGAAAGUGUUGGACCAGAACACUUUAAUGUUGUCAAAGACUUUGUCAAUGCCCUGAUAGACAGAGUUUCUGUGAGUCUCGAAGGCACCCGUAUUGGCGUUGUGCUGUACAGCCACAUUAAUGUUGUUGUGGUCAACCUCCAGCAGCACUCAAACCAAGACGACGUGAAGGCAGCGGUUCGCUCAAUGACAUAUCUCGGGGAGGGCACCUACACAGGCAGCGCCAUACAGAAAGCUAAUCAGAUCUUCCAGGCCUCCAGGCCAGGGGUUAGGAAAGUGGCAAUAAUUAUAACAGAUGGACAGGCAGACAGGCGUGACUCUGUGAAACUGGAGGCAGUGGUGAGGGAAGCCCAUUCAGCCAGCAUUGAAAUGUUUGUUAUUGGAGUAGUGAACAGCAGCGACCCCUUUUAUCUCGACUUCAAGAACGAAAUGAAUAUGAUUGCUUCGGAUCCAGAUGAGGAUCAUAUUUAUCUAAUUAAUGACUUUAUGACACUUCCAGCACUUGAGAGUAAACUACUCAGCAGAAUCUGUGAAAGUGAAGUCCCUAAAUCUACAUUGCCACCUAGUACGCUAUCUAGAGAGCCAUGCCUCCAGAGGAACAGGAUCGGUAUUGCAAAUGACAGAAUUGCUCCAUCAUCGAGCAGAACUUCCAUCACCCCUGUAGCAGCCCCACCAACCCGGGAAACCUUUUUUGCAGGUCUAAGAUGUGAACAGACUGUGGAACCAGGAACAUGCACGGAGUAUGUUGUUAAAUGGUACUAUGACUCCACAGCAAAUGCAUGUGCCAAAUUCUGGUAUGGAGGGUGUAAUGGUAAUGGGAACCGGUUUGAUACAGAGGAUGAUUGUAAACACCAUUGUGUUAGAGAAAAAAAGAAAUACAAUCUGUGCCUGUCACGUCAUCAUAAUGCAAGAAAAUGAAGUAUUGCUUUUUAAAAUAAAUCACUGUAUACAUGUAUACACAUAAUAAUUUAACAUCCACUGUGAAAAUCAAAGCUAAUUUAGGUUCAAUUACAAAAUAGUUUUUCCUGCUUAAUGGUGCUAUUCAAUCAACCCAGACAUAUGAGUACACAAAGCGUGUGCUUUCUGUACAUUUUAAAAGCCCUUCUGUAAGUCUUUAAUUAAUUAAAAAUACAAACAUAUCACACCCCUAAUUAAUUUAUUUAAUGUUGUCAUAGAACAAGGACAUAUCACAUGUGCUGUGUUUUUGUUUGACUGCUCCAUUAAGAAAAAUACGUGUUUUUUUUAAAUACACAAUCCAGUUCCUUAAAUAUUUGCAUUUUGAAAUGUAUUAAUGGAGGAACAUACUGUAGUUUUGCUGGCUGGUACUUUACCCAUUAAAAUGUUGGUGUACUAAAACUGACAUUUUCUUUAAAAACAAAAUAGAAUGACGUUGCACUGCUGAUACACAUUUGAACAAUGUAAGUAUGUAGACCUAAUUCUUCUCCUUAAGGAGAACAUAUUUUAAUUUGUUUAAGAGAACAAGAACAUCAAAUAAUAUCAUUUGGAAAUUAAGUUUGGGCAAACUAAACGCACAUGCAGUGUAAAAAUAAUGCACAGGAUAGACUGUUGCCAACAGCAUCAUUUCCAUGCCACGCAUACCCAUUCAUUCACUAAUUACUAGGGGAGUGCCUCCAAGUGCAACAAGAGACUACCAUGCUGCAAUAAGCAAGUAAAUAUAUCUAUUCACUGCCUGUCUUUGUGGUGUUUUGUGUCAUAAGUUACCAAAGUGUGAUUUUCUGUUGAAAAACCUAAGGUCCUAAAUGAUUUCAUUUGCAUUUAACAUGUUAUAUUUCAUCAAACUACUGCAUAUUUGGAGAACAGUAUCCUUCAAAACCAGUGUGAAUUUUUGUAUGCAAAUUUACCAGAAUGUUGGUUGUUCUACUCAAGUGGAUCACUAUAUUGUUCAGCACCAUCUUGAACUAGCUUAAAUUGCUCAGUUGUGCAUUACUGUAAGCUCAUUUGUGAUUGUUUUCUUAAUGCAAAAUGUGUAUGCAGAAAUAAAUAUAUUCUUUCUUUUUUUUGUUAACUGACAAUUUUAUAUGCAGGAAUAAAUACAUUAUUCGAUGAUAUACCUGCAUUUACCAAUAAGCCUUGGUAAAUCAUAAGAUUAACCGGUAAAUGUCUGAAAAGCAAUCUAUUUUUUCAUAAUUUUGGACAUUUACCACAUUAUUUGGUAAAUGUUAAGAUUGACCAGAUUCUGAUUCAUUCAUUUUUGUAAACUAAAGUAGACCGUAAACCUGGCACACACCUCAAAAUAUUAACGCAAAUAUCAGGAAAAACCUAUUCAGGUAACUGAUAGUCUAUUCAUUAUUUACAAUCACUCUGCAAUAUCCAUGUCUUCAUUCUCUACUUCAGCCUCUAUGGAGGAUAUU